AUGGAGAAGAGCCGCCGCUUAGCUGCUGCAGUUAUCUGUACAGCUGUUCUCUUGCUCUUGAGGACAUGUUUCACUGCCACGUUCUUCGUUCCUAGCGUCAUUUGCAUUAUCAAAGCAGGGAGCCGUAUCGAAAGAUGCGAAGGCAGGCUUGGACUUUCGCAGAGAGCUAUUAACUGCCUUAAUACCACAAGCACCUUCUUGGAGACCAUUGUUUCCUGCUUUCUGAUCUUCCUCAUCUAUAGAUGGAAAACAUUCAACUUCAAAAACUUUCUCAGGGCUCUUGUACAACAGGCUUAUUUUUGGAUGUGGACCGCUUUGUGGGUUGCGCGUAUCAUAACGAACGUUCUUAUAGCUGUUAUUCCGGGUAUUAACGAAAACAAUCCUGUUCUUGUUGUGCUCGGCUUUUUGGUCCCCUUAGAGUUCGCUUCAACUACAAUGUUAGCUUGUGCUCUUAGCUUUGUGCAACUUUCUACCGUAAGGGAUUGGUUUACUGAACAUUUUCCACGGGGAGGAAGAAGUGAAAAGCUGAUGAUCUUGUAUCGAAUGACUUUGUUUUCGUACGGUUUGCGAAUGCUUGCUUUCUUUUUGUACGAUUCAUUUUUGGUCGCAAGAGCGAUAACUCGUGAAAGACAGUUCCGUGAAUUAGACAGCCUUUUGCUAGCUUUGGAUGUUGGCUACAGAGGAAGUUUGACCGUAUUUUUCUUUCGCAAAUUCUUUGAGUUUGAAAAUACACCAGAGGUCUUCCUCGUAACAACGAAUUCGAGCAAGUUAGUGGAAGUUGAAUGUCAGUCAAAAGCUGAGCGGCAGGAGAUUGAAACUUACGGCGAAAUUUUCGAAAAUCAAGGAGUAAAGGACAUGGAAGGAGAAGAAAAAGGAAUCAUAGUUGCCAGCGGAAAAUCUCCGAAAGACUUGGAAUGCAGCACGCAAAUUUGA